GCAUUGCGGGGAAAGCAACGUCACAAUCUUGCGACCCAACGUGGGGCGACCAACCGGAGGAACGGGGGUAGCAUUAUCCUUAUUACAAUAUUUAGCCCGGUUAAACAUCCCCCUACGGGCAUUUUAAACUCCGUGUACACCAUUUAAAGUGUUUUAGACGACUUUUUAACAGUGGAGUUCCACUCUUUUCACCAGCCUUAGCAACGCGUCAACCACUCGCCAUGAAGAUCAAGACUGAAGAGACGUCGGACAGGUUCCUGCUGGACGCGUCCUGGCUGUAUAGAGACACGUGUCCGGAGCUAUCGCGGUUCCUCCUGCAGGGCACUAUGAAGGCUAAUGCACAAGCGAAUCAGAACCCCCCCUGCCUGCCGCAGAGCACCUCGGUGUGUCCGUACUGCUAUCAGUGGCUGCAGCCCGACAAUCACCGGAUGCGGCUGCGGCCCAAGCAGCGCCCGUCGGCGCGGGUGCAGAGUGUCCUGCGCAGGAAGGCUCGGGGAAAACGACUCGGCCUGGUGCAGCAAAACCUGCUGCAACGCUUCCAGACGUCCUCCUCCGUGCUGAUGGCCACCUGCCACACUUGCAGUAAGACAUCCAGACACAAAGGGAUGAACAGGGACUUCAUAGCUACCCUCGCUAAGACCCCCACCGGCACACCGGGGAGCGCUGCCAAACACAAGACCCCACAGUCCAGCCACAGGGCCAACAUGACCACCCCGAAGAACGCCGGCAGAGACCGGACCCCCGCUCAUACUCCUAGGUCCUCCUCCUCCUUUAACACUUCAGGGUCCGGCUCAUCUUCCUCUAAGACUCCCAUCAAACCUAAAAACUGGCUCGUCCAGAGUCUCGGCAAGAUACUAAUGCGAGAGGGCCGCCAGAGUAGCAAGAAGGUGGGCUUGAAAGAUUUUCUCUCCUCACUUUGAGCAUCCUCCUUGUCUUUAUGUAAACUCUUAAAAACAAGGGUAUAGGCCCACAUUUGUAACCCGUUAACACCAUAGGCUACGGGGGGGGGGACUUUGGUUUGCGAGCCGGUGGGUGAAGGGUUACAGCUUGCCCACCAACACAGCUAUUGCUGGGCUGUUUGGAAUGGCACUCCUGGUAUCCUGAACGCAUCCGCUGGGAGCACUGGCUGGCUAUUUCAGCUGUUAAUCAGGGUCACUGCAUCUUCCCCUGAGCCCGUUGGAGGUAAAUGCUUGGUCUAAUUUAGCACAUGCCUCUUUUAAUCUCCUAAACUGGGGAUGUUAUUUUUAUUUUAGGGUUGAGAAAUAAUUCAGUAUUUCUCAAUGGCUGAAACAUCGCAGCAAACCCAACUGUGAAACAUAAAAAGCUGGUUUACAUGCCAAUAUACUUUUGCUUACUUGUGCAUUUAAGAUUUUUUUUUUAUUCAUUUCAUACGGAUACUUAAACGUUUUUUGUAUUCAUAUUACUUGGUGUCAAAAACUUUUUUUUUAAUAUCACUAUUUCUGUCUCUCGCCUGCUGGGAGAUGUCUGUGUAAAUUAAUUUGGUAUGAAGUUGGAAUUACAUCAAAUUGACAAAGGUUUAAAUUGCCAUUGCAUUUUUUCACAUGAAUGCAUAUUUUUUUUGAAACUGUGCAUGGUGACCUGUGGAGAUAUUUGUAAUUAAUCUAAAAUGAGACUCACCAGUUGCGGUUUACAUUGAAUGGGCAUAUCUGCCUAAAACCAGUACAGAAAGUACUCACUGACAUUCAAUAUGUUCAACGCUGCGGACUGUUUAAAUAUUUUAUUUGCUAUAUGCUUUUGAAAGGUUAAUAUUGUUUGUUUAAAGCAAGCUUUUUGAAUAUAUUGACUAUGUUUCGUACUUCCUGAUCACUUACCAGUUUUCAUUAGCGGUUCUAUGAUCAGUAUGUUUGAAUUGAGAAAUAACUCACUUUUGUAUUCCUCCAACACUGUGAUUCUCUAAAAUAAAAACCUUUCAGUCUGCUAAA